AUGUCGACCAAAGUUGCCAUCAUCGGCGACAUUGACGGCCAACUUUCCGUAGUCCUMGGGAAAUUGGCCAAACUCCAGGCCAAGCAAUCAUUCGCCUUUGCAAUCAUUGCCGGAAAUCUCUUUGCUGAGCCAGACCGAUCGACUGACGCAGAUGCGGAAGACUUGCACAACUUGCUCGAGGGCAAAAUCGAGGUCCCACUACCGACAUACUUUGCCCUUGGAAAGAGACCUCUCCCCGAAGCAGUCGUCGAGAAACUAAAGUCUAGUGACGGUGAGCUCUGCUCCAACCUUUCCAUUCUCGGACGCAAUGUUUCCAUCAAAACCUCGGAAGGUGUGCGGGUCGUUGCCAUUGGUGGCGCACACACCGGCCAAGUUGACGAGGCCCUCGCCGAGUACGCACCAUUCCACGACGACAAGGACAUCGCUCGCGCCAAAGAAUACAAGGAUACCGACAUUCUUAUCACGGCCGACUGGCCCGAGGGCGUGCGUAUUGGAYCCAGAGCAGCCACCACUUACGCGGAUGGUGAAGCCCCGGCAGGAGAUCGUAGCAUUGCCGAUCUCUGUGCAGCCCUGAAACCACGCUUCCACUUCUCCACAUCUUCUGCCCGCUUUGAGCGUGAACCAUUCUUCCACCCCGGCGACGCACCUCUCCCAGUCACUCGCUUCCUCAGUCUUCCCCCCUACGGCAAUCCACACAAAGAAAAGUGGAUUUAUGGCUUCAAUCUUGUUCCAUCCGCUCCACCACCGCAGGAUCUCCCAUCAGGCUGCACAGGAUCCCCAUUAACCCAACUCAAGAAACGUAAGCUCCCUUCCCAGGAGAGCAGCUACAGCGGAUUUCGCUUUGCUCAGGACGUCCCCGUCAAUGGAUCAGGGGACCGUUACCGUCCAGGCGGCCACAACAACAAGCGCCGCGCAACCGCGACUCCCAGCAAGUGCUAUUUCUGUCUAUCGGGCGAGGACGUCGCCACGCACAUGAUCUGCUCAAUUGGCAACGAUGCAUACAUUACAACCUCCAAAGGUCCUUUGACUAUGGGGUCGAGCUUCCCCGACCUCGCAAUGCACUCCCACCUUCUCAUCAUUCCCGUGUGCCACAUGCCGACCUUCCACGCUAUGGGAAGCGUUGCGMAAGAUACUCUGACUGAAAUGAAUCGUUAUCGGGAGGCUUUACACACGAUGAUCAGUGCUAAAUCUUCUGCUGGCGCUGAGGGGAAGGCGAACUUGGGAGCCGUGACGUACGAAAUUUCACGUGCCAGUGGCGUGCAUCUGCAAUGGCAGUUCCUUCCCGUUCCCGUCGAAAUGGUUCAGAAGGGAAUGGUUGAGGCUGCGUUUGAUGUCGAGGCCGAGAAUUUCGGCUACGGAAAUUUUGCGAAAGACGAAGCGGGGAUCCAAGAGGCAGAGGAUGGUGACUAUUUCAAGGUCAUGAUCUGGAGCGAGGCGGGCGACAAGGUCAUGGUUCUGCCACUGAAGGAAGGUAUGCGAUUUGACUUGCAAUUUGGCCGAGGAGUUCUUGGUAAGCUGCUGGGGUUGGAGAAGAGGAGACAUUGGAAGGAUUGCGCGCAGACGAUUCAGGAGGAAGAAGCUGAUGCUGCGGCGUUCAAGGUCAUGUUUGAGGAUUAUGACUUCACAACUGAGCCGGACUAUAUGAARUCAUGA